UCUUGUGAAGACGGUAAUAUAUUGAAAAAUAUCCGCUUUUUUUUUUUUAAUUUUUUUAUCUAUUACAUCUACAUCGAUGUACUUAAGUAUACAGCUAUACAUACGCAUAUAAAAUACAUAAAUAUUUCUGUCUUGUUUUUUCUUGUACUAUUAUAGCAGUGCAUCUGAUUUGAUAAAAUCAAAACAAAGCAUCUGAGAAAAAAAAUGUAUCCGACAAAAUUUGGUGAUAAGAUAAAAAAAAAUUUUAAAUUGCAUGCUGCGCAUUUUUUUAAAUAAUACAAAAAGAAAAAAUAAAAUUUUAAUGAAUGAUUUCUGCCAUAGUGAAAGUGAAUUUAAAAUUUAUAAAAAAAAAGCAAAAAAAAAUAUUUUAUAUAUGUAUUUUAAAUUUUUUUGUAAAAGUUUAAAAGAAUUUUAAACCUAUAUAAUAAAAAUUUUAUACAAGAAAAAAUUCCAAUUACUAAAAAACAAAAAAGAAAAUGCGUUCCACAGAACUUUAUAGAAAAGUUGCUAAAACUCCCUCUGUUGACCGAGAAAGGGAUUAUAUCGGUUUUGCUACCUUACCAGAACAAGUGCACAGAAAGUCGGUAAAACGAGGCUUCGAAUUCACAUUAAUGGUAGUUGGCGAAUCUGGUCUAGGAAAAUCUACACUCAUCAAUAGCUUAUUUUUGGGUGACUUAUAUAAAAAUCGAAUUAUAGCAAACGUCGAAGAACGUCUUGAAAAGACUACACGAAUCGAAAAAAAAACAAUGGAUAUUGAAGAGAAAGGUGUUCGAUUAAGGUUAACUGUUGUUGAUACACCGGGUUUUGGUGAUGGAAUAAAUUGCGAAGAUAGUUGGAGAGUGUGCACAGCUUAUAUCGAUGAACAGUUUCGCCAAUAUUUUACUGAUGAAAGUGGACUCAAUAGAAGAAACAUUCAAGACAAUCGUGUUCAUUGUUGUUUAUAUUUUGUUCCUCCAUAUGGUCACAGUUUGAGACAAAUGGAUUUGGAAUUAAUACGAAGAUUACAUCGUAAGGUCAAUAUAGUAUUAGUAAUAGGCAAAGCUGAUUGUCUUACAAAAAAUGAAGUUAAGAAACUCAAAGAAAAUGUUCUCAAAGAUCUUGAAGAAAAUAAUAUUCAACUGUAUCAAUUCCCUGAAUGCGAUUCCGAUGAAGAUGAAGAUUUUAAACAACAAGAUCGAGAUCUAAAGGCAGCUAUACCAUUUGCUGUUGUCGGAAGUAACACAAUACUUGAGGUGGCUGGUAAAAAAGUACGAGGUAGGCAAUAUCCUUGGGGUGUUGUGGAUGUCGAAAAUCCAGAACAUAGUGAUUUUGUGAAAUUACGUAACAUGCUUAUCUCAACGCAUAUGCAAGAUUUGAAAGAUACCACUCAAGAUGUUCAUUAUGAGAACUUUCGAGCUCAAUGUAUAUCACAAAUAUCUCAACAUGCUUUACGUGAAAGAGGUAAAUUGAAACGCGACUCUGUAAGCAGUACUAAUGGUAACGGUUAUGAUUCAUCUAUUUCCGAAACUGACCGUUUACUAUUACAAAAAGAUGAAGAAAUACGUCGUAUGCAAGAUAUGUUAACACAAAUGCAAGAAAAAUUAAAAGCAACUCAUUUAAUGGAAAUGAAAAAAAACGAUAGCGUCAUUGAUGUAUAAAUUACUUCAAAUAAUGGCAUAGAAAAACUAUAUACAUUUAGUUUUAAAUUAAUUAUAAUUAUUAAUACAAUAACAUUAAUUUAUUUAAAUUUUUAAAAAAUUUUUUAAUAAUGUAACUAUAGUUGUAUUUCAAAUGAAAUAUGUAGAUACAUAUAUGUCUAUAUAUGUACGAGUACCAUUUAUAAGCAUAUAUCUUAUGCAAAUGCUUACACAUAAUUUUAUAUGUACAUAUGUACGAGAAAAAUAAAUAAAAGUAUAUGUAUAAUAUACCUACAUAUAAAAGUACGUGCAAACAUACAUCAUUUAACUAACUGUAUAGUAAUUAUUUAAACUGUAAAAAAUUAUUUAUUAAAGUCAUUGAAACAAAAAUAAAAUCAUAUGAUAUACUUACAUAAUAUUAACAAUAACAACAAAUGUUAAAUUAAUAAUGAAAUUAAUGUUUAGGACA